AUGAGAUCGAAAAGAACUAGAAGUACAAGAUACACAGAGGCGAGCGAGCCCAAGAGCGCUGCGAACUGGGAUGGCGAAGACUGGCAAGAUUAUGUCUCCGAAGAGGUAACAACUCAAUUGCACAAAUAUCAGCUUCCGCAUUUAGAGAUAUUAGACGAGAAGAUGGUGGACUUGGCCAAACAGUGGCAUUUCCAGUACGUAAUGGCCUGGCUUUUCAAUGUCUGCGAAUCAUAUACUACGACUACAUAUAACGCAGAUCAGUAUGGUGGUAACUCUGUCAAAUGCUUGUGGAAGAACAUUAGAUUCGAUGAAGGUAUCUUUUUGACAGACGUCUUUUCGAAGAUUGGUGGAAAGGACUCGAGCUAUUAUAAUGAUGAAAUGGAUGUCGAUGCGGACUCGCAAAAUUUGUACGAUAAGAUCAGAUUGCAAUUAUUACACCAACUAGCGGGCAAUAAGAGCGGUCAAUUGAGGGAUUGGAAUGUUAUUGUUAAUCAUCAUUUGCAAAACUCUAGCUCAUCUUCGGAUUUGGUUACAGACUCCCCCUUUCUGGAGCUUGAUAUUGCUCGCCAAUUCGAGAUCCUUUAUUGCAUCGUAAAGUUGAUAGAAGUGAAAAAUAUGAUCUUCAAGAAUUAUUUGGUGAAUAAUUUGCAUCUUUUUACAUUCAGCGAAAUAAUACUGGAUGACGAAGAUGAUGAUAGUGAAGGAGGGGGCACGAAGAGUUUAUUUGCCUUACCUAAUGUUGGUGUGCUUGUGGAGAAAACCAUGCGCAGAGUGAAGAGAGGUUCUUCCUCGCAGACGUUCAAUAUCCCGAUAAAGCUUCAAAACUGUACGAUAAAGGAGAUCGACCCCAAGAUUCCUGAUUCAGUGGAGCUAAUCCAUCUUGAGUAUUCCCACGACAUCGAUGCCUAUCUCCAAUCGAUUACGAUCGAUUACAAAGUGGUCACCGCGGAUUGGGAAUCCAUGCUGGAAUACUGGUCACAGAACAGAGACUCGAAAAUAAUAGAUGAGUUCAUAACUACUCUAAUACCGAUAUAUGCAGAACAUAGACUGUAUUCAGCAAAGAUCCUGGCCAAUAGAGAAAAAGAAAGGGCCAUUGCCGAGUUAAUGACAAGAAGGAAAAGAUCUUCCAGGUUGGUGGCGAAAGAAGAGGAGAAUAAGAAGAAGGAUUUGGAAAGUGAAUGGUUUGAAAAAUUGGACGAGAGAGAGCAAUUCAUAAGGCACAGAAACAAGCUAGUGUCGAAGGAAAUCAAAAAAGUGAAGGAUCUCCUAUGGAACCAACUAUGGCAAUCAUAUGAUCAAGAUUACAGAGAUGAAAAACUGACUAGGCGUAACGAGAUUACAGACAGAAGUGGUUCCGGCACCCCUUCUCUCGAAAUGUCUUUAGGAAAGGACGAGGACAACCUCUUGAAUGAUGUUGAUAACGGAGUUCUUGAUCAUGGACCCAACUUUCAGUCCAGUAUCGUCCCAGUGCAGCCACCAACCUCUGGAACUGUUGGCCCGCUACAAACAGGCGACGUCCCUGAACUGCCCACAGAUUACUGCAUAACAAAAGAAGAAUUGGACGAACUUGCCAACUAUGGGAUUUUCACGCCGCAGCAGGAACCGGACAGCCAAGAUUCUGUUUUCCAAUGCCCCGGCGAACCGGAUUUGGCACCCAUGGUCAUCCCGGAAGAUCUGGAAACCGACUUGUUUAACAACCGUCCCUUGAUUUGCUGCGACCACUGUUAUAGAUGGCAGCAUUGGGAAUGCCAGCCUCCAAAGAUCAUCGAACUGAUGGCUUUGACCACGAAGGCCUCGCAGCACGCACUGUCGCAACGCGAUUUUGGCGUCAUCAUAAUGGGGAAUUCGCACGGCAACAGAAGAUCUUCUCGCCGACCCCAAUCCACACCUGAGCCCAGCGCUAAGACCUCAAGACCCACCGACAAGCGGAAACCCCCGGGAGAGUGCUCCACUUUCAUCUGUGCUUGGUGCAUUAGGGACCUGGAACUUGAACUGCGUGGCAUCUUCGUACCUGAAUUGAAAAUAAUCAGAGCCAAGCAAAGAAAAUUGCAGGAAGACCGCGAAAGAAGGAAAAAAAUGAAGGAGGAAAAGAAAAGACUCGAACAGCUUGCCAAGCAAAGAGAAUUGCCUCCGGUAUUCCACAACGCAUUUCCGCACAUGACAAGCGGUCCAAUACCCGGUAUCGCUACCUACGGAACAACGAGCCCAACCAUCAUUCCAGAACUAAACGCAAACGCCGCCCAUCCUAUAAUCGCAUGCUCACAGCAACCUGAUAGCAAAACUGCACCACAACCACAACCACAACCGCAACCGCAACCGCAACUGCAACCGGAGCAUCCCCAAGAACAGAACUUUCAUUUCUGA